AUGGAUCCCAAAAAUCACCCCGCUAUUACCGUCACCAACAUCAAAGCCCAUAUCCCGGUAACCCUCGAACUGGAGACGAGUCAAUAUGCUACUUGGGCAGAGUUAUUCAAGAUCCAUUGCCGUGUUUAUCAGGUCGUUGAUCACCUAUCUCCUCGCAAAGAGACCGAUAAAGAUAAAGAAAAGGAUUCAGCCGGAUCUACAUCGGAUGACAACUGGGAUCGUCUCGAUGCCAUAGUCCUUCAGUGGAUCUAUGGCACCAUCUCUAGUGACCUCCUGAGCACUAUCAUACGUCCCGAUUCCACAGCGGCUUAUGCAUGGACGGCUAUUAAAAGUAUAUUCCAUGACAAUCAAACCACACGAGCAGUUUAUCUGGAACGCAAGUUUGCCAACGUUCGUCUCGACUCUUUCCUCAACAUGCCAUCUUAUUGUCAAGAGGUAAAAGUUCUUUCCGAUCAACUUGCAAAUGUCGGGUCACCUGUCACCGAACAAAAACUUGUUAUUCAAUUGCUAUCGGGUCUCACCGAAGCCUAUGGAGGCAUCGCUUCCAUCAUCCAAAAUACCAAACCUUUGCCGACUUUCUACGAAGCUAGGUCUCAAUUGUGUCUCGAAGAAACUACCAAAGCUAAUCGAGUUUCUACUGAUGCGGCAUUUCACACUUCCCAUCCACCAAACUACCCUCAAUCAACAGGUGCUCAUCCACCCUCUCAACCUAACAACCGUGGUGGACGAACCCGUGGACGUGGCCGCGGCCGUGGACGCGGUUCCUCCUACUCCACUAAUCAGACUCAAUCACAAAACUACAAUCCUAAAAACAAUUACCUUAACACCCAACCCGCUCCACACUGGCCACAUACCCAGCCGCAAUGGCCCAAUACCCACAACAGCCCAUCCCCUACCUGGCCUAUAUCCUACAACCAUUCCACCCAUUCACCAGGCCCAAACAGCCCAUACCCUACCUGGCCUGCCCCACCCUGUCCGUAUCCCACCGCCCUAGCGCCAUCCCUACGACCCACUUAUAAUGGCCCACCUUCGUACCCCAGCCCGCAUCAAGGUUUACUAGGCUCACUUCCGCAACAGUCACAAGUGUACGCUGCUUCUAAGCACACAUGCACUCCGACUGAAUUGGAUCAAGCUUUUAAUGCAAUGUCUCUGCAUCCACCCGAUCAAACCUGGUACAUGGAUACCGGUGCAACAGGUACUAUGACGAAUAACUCUAACAAUCUUACUUCUUGUUUUAAUAAAGUGUAUACACGAAACAUUACAGUUGGAGAUGGCACUUCAAUUCCAGUCCAUGCGGUUGGGAAUCAUACUUUACCACCACCCUUUCCAAAUUUUCAAUUAAAUAAUAUCUUGUUAAAAACUUAA